UUGAAAAUCUGUAACGGGCACUGCGGCCAUCUCAUUCGUUUGUGGGCUCACAAAGAGUUUGGUGAAUUUAUAAAAGUCUCGAUAGCAGAGAACUUCGUUUUAUAAUACAUCUUUUAAGAAAAAGUCAAUACAUCGAAAAUGAGGGAAAUCGUGCACAUUCAAGCUGGACAAUGCGGUAACCAAAUUGGAGCUAAGUUUUGGGAAAUUAUCAGCGAUGAGCACGGUAUCGACCCCACUGGAGCUUACCAUGGAGAUUCAGAUCUUCAAUUAGAGAGAAUCAACGUGUACUACAAUGAAGCUUCCGGAGGAAAAUAUGUGCCCCGAGCCAUCCUUGUUGACUUGGAGCCUGGAACUAUGGACUCUGUUCGUUCCGGACCUUUUGGUCAGAUCUUCAGACCAGAUAACUUCGUCUUUGGUCAAUCAGGAGCUGGUAACAAUUGGGCUAAGGGGCAUUACACUGAAGGUGCUGAGCUUGUAGACUCAGUACUCGACGUUGUCAGAAAAGAAGCUGAAAGCUGCGACUGUCUUCAAGGAUUCCAGCUUACUCACUCUCUUGGAGGUGGUACUGGAUCAGGUAUGGGUACUCUCCUCAUAUCCAAGAUCCGUGAGGAAUACCCCGACAGAAUUAUGAACACAUACUCUGUGGUACCAUCACCAAAAGUAUCAGACACAGUCGUUGAACCUUACAACGCUACACUUUCAGUCCAUCAACUCGUUGAAAAUACUGAUGAAACAUAUUGUAUCGAUAACGAAGCUCUAUAUGACAUUUGCUUCCGCACGUUGAAACUCUCUACGCCUACCUACGGUGAUUUGAACCAUCUUGUUUCACUUACCAUGUCUGGAGUCACGACUUGCCUCAGGUUCCCCGGUCAAUUGAAUGCUGAUUUAAGGAAACUUGCUGUCAACAUGGUUCCAUUCCCACGUCUUCACUUCUUCAUGCCAGGAUUCGCCCCUCUUACCUCUCGUGGUAGCCAGCAAUACAGAGCUCUUUCUGUACCAGAACUUACCCAACAAAUGUUCGAUGCUAAAAACAUGAUGGCUGCUUGCGAUCCACGACACGGAAGGUAUCUCACAGUCGCUGCCAUUUUCCGUGGUAGAAUGUCAAUGAAGGAAGUUGAUGAGCAAAUGCUCAACAUUCAAAACAAAAACAGUUCAUACUUCGUUGAAUGGAUCCCGAACAACGUCAAGACUGCCGUUUGUGACAUUCCUCCACGUGGACUUAAGAUGUCUGCUACCUUCAUUGGAAACUCCACUGCCAUUCAGGAGCUCUUUAAACGUAUUUCUGAACAAUUUACUGCUAUGUUCAGAAGAAAAGCUUUCUUACAUUGGUAUACUGGUGAGGGUAUGGAUGAAAUGGAAUUCACUGAAGCUGAAUCAAACAUGAAUGACUUGGUCUCUGAAUACCAACAGUAUCAGGAAGCUACUGCAGAUGAAGAUGCAGAAUUCGACGAGGAACAAGAAGGCGAAGUCGAUGAGAAUUAAAUCUUCGCUAUUUUCACAAUGACACACGUGUUUAAUCACGUUCACGCUUCUUUUCUUUUUUACGGACCGUUUUUUUUUUCGACCAAGCUAUUGUCAAUGACACUAUGUUUAUAAUUCCAUCUUAAUAAGUUGCUUUCAUUAAACAAAUAAAUUUCCACGAUAGCUUAGUUAAGAAACCGUGAGAUUACAGUGUAUUACCGCUAACGUGGUUCGAAAAAGUCAUCUUUUAUGAAAUUAUUAUAUUGAAUAAAGCAACUCUUUAUUAAAUUA